ACUCGAAUUUGGGACACAUUCCUGUAAAGGACGCAGCUCCGGUCAGCUGCUUCGCAAAAUCGACAAAAAGGAGUCACAAAAAAACGCGCGCGGUGCAUUUAGCCACAAAUCUCUGAAAGUGAAAAUACAAAUAUUGAAACAGUGAAAUCCACAAACCAGCCAAAAGUGAAACAAAAUUGAACACAGUGCUUAAUUAAUAUCGAAGCUAAAGGGAUAGAAAUCCGAUUAGGAAAAGGGAAAGCUGCAGCGCUGCUCCUGUUUGCCAAAUAUUGAUUCGCAAGUGUGCCGCUGAAAAAUCGAUUAUUAAAGCCACUUUCCACACAGCUGGUGGUUGUUGUUGCCGUGAGGAUGGAGGUGGUGCUUGGGGUGGUGGUUGCAUAGGGUUGCGUGCCGCGAUGUGGGAAAUCAACAGCAACAUUGGCACAUCCACAUCCAGAUCCAGAGGCACACUUCCAACUGUUUUGACGUGGUCGGGUUCCAAUGGCGCUGACACUACCGAAUGCUGCAGCGCAGCCUUGCAGCCAUCCAGCGGCGACGCGUUGCAUGUGCAGCAGCAACAGCAACAGCAGCAGCAACAUCAGCAGCAGCAGCAGCAGCAACAGCAACAGCAGCAACAACAGCAGCAGCAGCAGGAUACGAAAACGAGGAUGACAACGACCACAGGCAAACGCGGAGGACACAGAUACAGAAGCAGGCUCAGUCACCGAAGCACAGCAACAAUUGCUGCAUAUUAGGCAGUAAAGUAAAGUUAAACACAACCCAAAACCGAAAAGACUAGCCCAAAAUUUACUCAAAAACCAACACAAGUGGAAAGCAUUAAUCGGAAUGUCGAACUCUAUGCAUCGCACAAAGUUACGUUAAGUAUACGACGCGUAUUUCCAGCUGCAAAACGAACCAAAAACGAACCGAACGAAACGAAACGCACAGGUGCAUCUGCAGACCCCACUACGCCCCUAAAAGCCCACUCCCCCCCCUUUUCGAACCCUCAGCCCCUCAUUAGGCCACCCCCUCUGGGGUAUCUACACCAAUUGACAAGCAAUCGAGGCAAUGCAGUAUGAAUGAACUUGUUUAGUCGACAAUUUUUUAAGUGCACUUUCGUAAGGCUGAUUUUCAAUUUAUUUCGAUGUUGUGCUUCUACACCCAAAAAAAAAACCAAAUAUAACAAGUAACAAAUACAAGCAUAAAAGAACCCAAGAAAUUCAAGCAAUGAACCAAGUGAAAGUGUGAGUGUUUAGUGUUUUAAGCGAAGGCGAAAUCCGGACAUUUGAGAGCCUUUGUGAGUAAACGGCCGCCACAACGGAUAGGCCCAGAGAUCUCCUGCUGAUACAGCAGGCCAAGCCCGCCGGCGGCAGCAAAUCCUCCAGCGGUGGUCCAACGUAUAUCGGCACCGAUGCCGCCACAGCAGCGGCGGUGGCCAAUCUGCGCAGCAAGGUGCCCUCCAUCUCAAUAAUCCCGCUGCCCGUCUCGACCACCAUUGUGGCACGCAGUGGUAGCGGUGCCUCUGGCACUGGCGGCAGUGGAGGAGCACCGCCAGCACUGCCCCAGCUGAUCCAGUCGUCGCGGAGUGUGUCCACCAAAUCCACGGGCACGUCUCCACCAUUGGCCUUUAUAACGGAAGGUUCUGGAACAUCGGGUGCUCCCGCCCUGACACUGCUGCCACGACCCCAGCAGCAGCACCAGUACCAGCAGACCGACAAGUGCACGGUCCUCAAACUGGACGUACUGAAGCAGCAGUCGGGUGUGGCAGCCAACUCCAGCAGUAAUACCUACCUGCAGAUCGAGCAGCAGCUCAGCGAACUGGAGGCCGCCGACGAGGAGGAGGAGAACAUGGCCAGUUUGCUGGGCAGUGCGCCACCCGCCCAAAUCCUGGCCAACCAGCCCAUCAUCGUCAAGAUCGAGCCCACGCAAUCCUUCCACAUCGUGGACGAGGGCGACACGAGAGUACUGAGCUUGCCCCUCAGCGAUGCUGAUAAGCUGGGCGCCAGUUGGAUAGAUCUCAAGGAUAUUGCCGGCCUACAGGCCGGUGGCGGAGCCACCUUGCUGGACGUCUGCUUCGAGCAGGCCAACGAGGACGGCACCAUCAUAGCCACCGUGCAGCCGGACUUGGAAAACGAGCUCGAGGCUGAGCUAAAGGCGGAGGGCGAGCCCGAGGAUGAGACUGAACCAGAGCCUCCGGCGCCCAAGAGAUUGGCGACCACCAGGCCAGCACAGUCGCGGCCACAACAGCAGCAGCAACAGCAGCAGCAGCAGGUGAAAUUCCUAUCGGAUCCACCGGCAUUGGCACGCUCCAGCAGCUUCAGCAGUCUCAGCAGCUUUAGCAGCAUCAGCAAUAUCAGUUCCGUGUGCAAGAACAUGGCCAGCAAUACCAGCCAGGAGGGCUCCCUAAAACGCACAAAGGAGCGAACUCCUCCACCAAUGCCACCGCUCACGACUCACAAGCCCGCUGCCACAACAACAGCAACAUCAGCAACAUCUGCAGCCGCAGCAACAUCAGCAGCAACAGCAAGUGCAACAGCAACAUCGGCCAGAGAAAACAGCAGAGAGCACAGCAGCAGCAGCAGCGGCAGUAAUGGAGCCAUGACAGCUCAAAUUGAGAUAAUUCCAUGCAAAGUCUGCGGCGACAAGUCAUCCGGCGUGCAUUACGGAGUGAUCACCUGCGAGGGCUGCAAGGGAUUCUUUCGAAGAUCGCAGAGCUCCGUGGUCAACUACCAGUGUCCGCGCAACAAGCAAUGUGUGGUGGACCGUGUUAAUCGCAACCGAUGUCAAUAUUGUAGACUGCAAAAGUGCCUAAAACUGGGAAUGAGCCGUGAUGCUGUAAAGUUCGGCAGGAUGUCCAAGAAGCAGCGCGAGAAGGUCGAGGACGAGGUACGCUUCCAUCGGGCCCAGAUGCGGGCACAAAGCGACGCGGCACCGGAUAGCUCCGUAUACGACACACAGACGCCCUCGAGCAGCGACCAGCUGCAUCACAACAAUUACAACAGCGGCGGCUACUCCAACAACGAGGUGGGCUACGGCAGUCCCUACGGAUACUCGGCCUCCGUGACGCCACAGCAGACCAUGCAGUACGACAUCUCGGCGGACUACGUGGACAGCACCACCUACGAGCCGCGCAGUACAAUAAUCGAUCCCGAAUUUAUUAGUCACGCGGAUGGCGAUAUCAACGAUGUGCUGAUCAAGACGCUGGCGGAGGCGCAUGCCAACACAAAUACCAAACUGGAAGCUGUGCACGACAUGUUCCGAAAGCAGCCGGAUGUGUCGCGCAUUCUCUACUACAAGAAUCUGGGCCAAGAGGAACUCUGGCUGGACUGCGCCGAGAAGCUUACACAAAUGAUACAGAACAUAAUCGAAUUUGCUAAGCUCAUACCGGGAUUCAUGCGCCUAAGUCAGGACGAUCAGAUAUUACUGCUGAAGACGGGCUCCUUUGAGCUGGCGAUUGUUCGCAUGUCCAGACUGCUUGAUCUCUCACAGAACGCGGUUCUCUACGGCGACGUGAUGCUGCCCCAGGAGGCGUUCUACACAUCCGACUCGGAAGAGAUGCGUCUGGUGUCGCGCAUCUUCCAAACGGCCAAGUCGAUAGCCGAACUCAAACUGACUGAAACCGAACUGGCGCUGUAUCAGAGCUUAGUGCUGCUCUGGCCAGAACGCAAUGGAGUGCGUGGUAAUACGGAAAUACAGAGGCUUUUCAAUCUGAGCAUGAAUGCGAUCCGGCAGGAGCUGGAAACGAAUCAUGCGCCGCUCAAGGGCGAUGUCACCGUGCUGGACACACUGCUGAACAAUAUACCCAAUUUCCGCGAUAUUUCCAUCUUGCACAUGGAAUCGCUGAGCAAGUUCAAGCUGCAGCACCCGAAUGUCGUUUUUCCGGCGCUGUACAAGGAGCUGUUCUCGAUAGAUUCGCAGCAGGACCUGACAUAACAAGAGCAGCAGCCGUUCCUGGAGACGACCGCGGACGAUGUUGCCGAGGAUGCGGCUGCCGCCGGAUGUGUCCUGCCGCCGGUGGCGCCCCCUGCCGGGCAGCAACCAGCGCUGCUCGAGGACUGAGGGCCGCAGGAUGUGGCAACAAUAAUUAUUUGAGUAAACACUGCACUGCGCAUGCAGCAGAUACAAGAACUUUAUCAUGAUUUAAGCUAGCAUACAACCAAGGAUGUGAUCCUCGCCAAGGACUCACUUAAAAAGAACUCUAUCUAUAUACAUAUAUAUAUUAUAUAUGACAGAGCGGAUGACGCAAAGGGAAGGGAAAAUAUUUCAAAAAUAUUGUUAACUCAGUUAAGACUUUUGCUUCGUAGAGAACCGAAACCGAAACCGAUUGCAUUUCGAGCAAGGGGCAUCAAACUGAUUUUCGAGGUUAUACUAUACAUAUAUACACACAAACACACACACACACAUAUAUAUAUAUGUAACUUCCAAACUUUCAUAUCCUGGCCCGAGCAGAUCAGAUCGUCUAAGUACUUAAAACCAAGCGAAAUUCUCUACACCGCACAACCCAGGACCCGUAGACCCCAAUAAUUCAGUUCGGUUAGUGUUAACCCCAGAAAGCCCGAUUCCGAUCCCGCCUAGGUUGUCUUUGCCUUACGUUGUAACUAAAGUAUGUGUAUUAUAUAUACAGCAAAUGUAUGUAUAACUAUGUCGUAUCGGUUAUAUGCCUAACAACAUUAUUUUUUGUAAACAACAAAAUCGAAUAUCUCGGAAAAUGUGUUCUUAUAAUUAUAUUGAUUAAUGCAAUUACAAUAUAUUUACAAUUUACCGUUACGUUUUUACAUUAUACAUAAGACGCAAGAGAAGGAAACGGAAGUUUAAGGAUUAGAAAGCUGAAUAAGAAAAGGCUUAAGGACGAGCUGAGUAGCAGUUAAAGUGAGCGAGAAAUCGAAUGAAUACCAGAAAAUUUCAAGCAAGCACAUAAAAGUAUGCAAUAUUUUGUUUAAAAACAACUUUUUAUUAGUUUCUUAAAUAUAACAUAAUUACGUACAUACACACACGUAUAUAUAGGGCUAUAUAUAUCUAUAUAUAUAUAUAUAUACAUGAUAGACAAAUCCCAAUCCGGUUCCAAGGUUUAGUAAAAAUAAAGAGAAAUAAAACGAAAAACAAAAACUUUUGAUAUGAAAUCCUACGCAUAAUUAACAACUUUUAUUGUUUCUAAGACUUAAACUUAAUUAAAAUGGAAACCAAAACAGACUGACGGACCGACCCCGACAGCAUGCCACGCCCUCCCCCGCCCCACCCUCCACAGAUCCUGGCAGAAAUUUCAAAGGAGUUUGAUACACAAAUCGAGAAAAGAAAUUUUCAAAAAAAUAAUAUAAAGACAAGCAAACGGCGACUUUUUUGGUUGAUACAUUUGAAAAGAAUAUACAAUUAAAUAUCUGACUGACUAUACAAAGACGUUACACACACGCAUACACAUACACACACAUACACGCAUACACACACAGCUUACGAUACAUAAAUUAGUUAAACUUAGAGUAAACAAACAACAACAAACACAUUGGAUAGUAGGUGAUAAUUGGUGUGUCUUAAAUAAACCUUAACCCCUCCCCGACCCCCGCCCACUUGCUUAAUACCCAACGCCCCAAAAAGCCCCACAUUUCUACUAAAUGAAAAGCUUAAUCAAAACUUUUUUGAAAUUAUUCAAGUGAAAAUUUCAGCAGGCAGGCAUAAAUAUUAAUUAACAUUAAUUAUAGCAAGGAAACUUAUAAAUAAAAUGUAUACAACAAAACUACAAAAAUUAAAUAAAUUACAUUUUGCAAAUUCCACAAAAAAUAAAACAUGAUUUUGCAAAUUCACUUAAAAUCCUUUCCCUGAAUCCAAGCAAAAAUAUUUACACUAGCUUACAUAGAACUGGGACGAGGACAUGAAUAUUUCAAUUGAGAAAAAAAUCUAUGUUAAUGUAAUCGAUCGAUUUGGACAUAUUUAAGUUCGACAUUUUUGGCCUUACAAAACAAAAAACAAAAAGAAGAAACCUAAAGUACUUUAUAUAUAUACAAACCAUAUAUACAAUAUAGAGAAUACAAAACUAGUUUUAAUUUAUACAAAGCAAGGGAGCAGCUUUCAAACUCAAAACAAAAAUAUCCCCGAAAAAAACAACAACUUUGUUAAAAACUGCGCAUAAUAAAGAAAAUAAUAAACAAAGUUAAUCUAUAAUAUAAAUUGAAGUUAAGUUGAUUUGAGCGGUCGACAACAAGAACAUAAAUGUAUCUUUAAAUGAUAUAUGUAUUGUUAAAUUUGUAUGCUAAGUUUUUAGAAAGGUUACAUUUUUAAAGAAUAAUAACAAAAGAUCGCGAACUCGACAAGGUGUAAAAUGAGUACAUUUAAAUUAAAAUUUAGCAUAUAUAAUGCAUAAAUAUUAUGUUACGAUAUUUACAUUUAUAUAAAACAAAACAAAAACACUAAAGAAAACCGAAAAAACAGAAGUCCCAUAUUAAAAAUGAAAUAAAAUGAGCAGAACCUAUAAACUGAUAAGGGAAUUCUGAAUAUUAAAAAAAAAAAGAAAACAGAAACCGAAAAAGGUAAACAAUUAAUUAUACAAAACCAAAAACUUAUAAAGAAUGAAAGGCAAAUUAUAUAUAUUAUAUAUAUGAUUAAGUAGCAUUAGGCCGACUGUUGCACAUAAACACACACCUCACACCCACACCUACACUCAGACAAACUCACACUUGCUAAUAGGAAAAGCUACGAUUGAAAGCUGCGAAAAGGAUCAAGUGCAAAAAGGAGCUUUCAUAAACACAUUUAUUGCAUUAAGUCAUUCAUUUAUUCGGUGGGAAAAAAGCAAUAAGAAAUAGCAACUGACAAGAGUACAGUGGAUACUCGCUUGAAUGGAUCAUAAUUUUCAAAUUUUAAUUUAAUAUGUAAAUUGAAAAGUUUGACUGAACUUAUUCCGAAUAGCAAGGGUUUGUAGAUAAUAACUUUCAAACAUCAAGUGCAACCAUUUCUAUAAACGACUUAGAUUUAUUUGAAAUAUUUCCGAUUUUAUACAAAAAACGUACUCUUCACCUAAUAACCACUGUACUGUCUGUAUGUUUCGUACUCCUUUCAUCUCCCCUUUGAAUUUCCUGACCGACAAACGUGGCGUAUGAGUAAUAUAACUGGUCCGCAAACUUUGUUAUUUAUAUAUUUCAGCGAGCUAGACUCCGAGCAUGUUUAAUUUCAAACAAAACUAUUCAGUUUUUUAAUGCCAGGGCACGAACAUAAAUAAAACCGAAAUGAACAGAUAAACCGAUAUAUUAUUUGUGUAUGUGGAUCGGUUGUAAACAAAUAAAGGCGGAGGCACACGAAUGUUGCAUAAAUCGAAAAUAAAAAAAACACAAAAACAGACUAGGCAUCAGCUAUCGAACAGGAAUAAGCGAUAUUUUACCACGUGCAUAAAAUGGAGAGGAAAUCAUUUUUUAUAAACUAUCACACAUUCACAAAACACAACACACAACACUCACACACGCAUGUAGCUUUAGUUUACUAGGUGAAUUCGUUUUUAUAUAUUUGUAAAUUGUUUUUAGGUAAAUUGAAUUAUAUAUACACAGACAUUUAAAGACAUAUAUAUAUAUAUAUAUAUGAAUCUCGAUACAUAUACACGCAUAUAUAUGGAACAGAUUAUAUAUAUUAUGUCAUACUUCAUUAUGAUUAUUACGAUUAUUAUGAUUCAACACAGAAACCAGAAAAAGGCAAGCAUCUAAUGGUGAAACCAACCAACAAAAUUAACCGAGAACAAAGUGCUGGAAAAGCCGUUCAAGCCGCAGUUGAAGAUGCAGAGAUGCGGAAAAGAGCAGAAAUAAUUCAAUUCAUUCUUAACAAUAAAAUGUAAUCUGAAUUAUACAAAACAAAACAAAAAAAAAACAACAACAACAGCAAACCGAAAAAGAAAACAAAAGAAAAUCAUAAAGAAAACAUUUUCAAAAGCUUUUACUUACUUGGAAAUUGAGAUGGGUUGCGAAUCAGGGGCG